CAGGUGGCUCAGUCGGCGGUCAGCUACCGCGUAUUCGAGGAUCGCGGGUUAUGCGUGAGCAUCUUUUUUUGUUUAGCGAGGUCUGUGAAUAGCGAUAUAGGAUUUAAUCUCUUUUCAGAAGUGAUAGAAAGUUUAAUCAAAUAUCAACGCAAGAAUGAGCCGUUUUCGGGAGUGUUUAGCCGAUCGGAUUAACGGAUGGGAAAGAUGAUUUUAUUAUACCGGAAAAGUGUUGGUACGAUGAAAGUUUGACAAAAGGAAUUAUCCCAUGUUCGAAAGGGGAAUAGAAAAUUGUUGGAUAUUAUGCUAAUCAUAGCGGAGUCAGAAUGCGAGAGGAAGAACUCGAAAUAUCACUUAAGGUGGUCAUAGUGGGAAACGGUGCCGUAGGAAAAUCGUCCAUGAUACAAAGAUUCUGCAAAGGAACAUACACGAGGGAUUACAAGAAGACAAUUGGUGUUGAUUUUCUUGAACGACAAAUAGAAGUCGAUGCCGAGGACGUACGCCUUAUGCUCUGGGACACUGCUGGUCAAGAGGAAUUUGACGCUAUUACAGCUGCCUACUACAGGGGAGCUCACGCCUGUGUUCUCGCUUAUUCGGCGACGGACAGACACUCUUUCGACGCGAUACCAUCCUGGAAAUUGAAGGUUGAAAAUGAAUGCGGAGAAAUACCGACGGUCCUAGUCCAGAAUAAGAUGGAUCUGGUCGAUCAAUGCGUUAUAGACCCAGAAGAAGCCGAAAGACUGAGCAGAGCCCUCGGCUGCAAACUCUUGAGAACUUCCGUCAAAGAGGACGUCGGGGUCGUCGGAGUAUUUCGACAUUUGGCAUCACGAUGUCUCCACGAGAUGCGAAGAUGCGAGGAUGACUUUCAGGACGAUCUUAGGCUCUACUCGGCGGGGCCAAGGUCUCCAUCGGUCAUAAGUGCCUUUAGUCCGAACGGAUCAACGGGUGGUCGAAGCGCCGGGAAUGGAACGAUAGUUUUGCGACCAGGAGGUAGUAAAACUCGGACGCAUAGGAAGAAGAAUUUCGUAAAAAAUGCCUGCAGACUUUUAUAGCGACGACGUAUUAUACCCUGCAGUUAUAUCUAUACAGCUGCAGUCAGCUAAUGCCCAAUUCGUAUAACUUCAACGGAGAUUCGUCGCAGCGUCCACUUUUAGCGCGUAUACUAAAGAAAAUCUCUUGCGGAUAAAAUCACAAAUGCACACAAGUCGAUAAUAUAAAAGAACGUUGUGAAGUACGCGCGAUGAAUCUAAUCAUAAGUUAAAUGUAUGUAAUCUAAACCGUCCGCAAAAUAUGUACAACGUACCUAUAGUGUAUAGGUAUUCUGACAGAAAGAGUUAUGACCGUCCAUCUCGAGACGUAAGAUUUAUUUCACUCCUUUACGUGUGUUGGCACGUAACUUUGGGCGCCGGGUUAAAGGGGCCAGCUACCCAGUGAUGUAAUGACGUGUUAUCCUAGACACGUAGAUUUUAUCCUUGUUUUAUUAUGCGAGAAGAUGGAAACUCGCGGCGCGCAUAUUGGAGUAAAGUAAUUAUAUAGUAAGAAAAAAAUCGAAAAUACUUUCAAAACUAGUUACGUAAUACGUAGGAGUUACUGCGAAGUAACUAUGACAGUGGUAGGUGUAAAUCUUUGAAUAUGAUUUUUCAGUAAUUUGUAAAUAUGUAUUUUAUUUUUCAUAUACUCUAUACAGAUUGGUUAGUAAUUUUGUUGUUUCACGACUUCUUUCUUUCUUGCUGUUUCUCUCAAUUUUUUUCUUCUUUUCUUCCACUUUCCCGCAAUUCACGGUGACUAUAAUUUCUAUAAUUUUAAAUUUCUUUUUCAAUUUUAUAGGAGAAAUAUUAAAAUUAAUACAUUAUAUACUGUAGACAUAUACAUAUACAAACAGGUGUAAUAAUGAUAUAGAGUAUUUAUGUUAUACACGUUGUAAUUUGUAAUAACAAUAACAUUAUAUAAUGAAUACCGAGAACAAUCGUUGGCAAUAAUGCGACAGGUUGCGUAUAAAUUUGUUUUUUCGUUUAUACAAUUUAAUGGAUUGUGUGCGAAGGUAACAUGAAAAAAAUGGAAAAACGCUGUCCGCAUACGGUAGUCUUAUGAAAAUGAAUUAAUAGAAUGGAUAUGUGUACCUACGCCGAAAUAAUUAACCAAAUACAAUGAACAAAGAAUUACUUAUUGCAUAGAAAAAAGAAAGAGAAUGAAAAACAGAAACUUACCUGUCAAUCAUUAGAACGUAAUCAUCGUCAAAAUUGCGUUAUAGGUAUAACAGGUGCUUUUCAUAUGUAUGUAUUAAACACACGUAUGAGCUUAAUCGUUGCCGAGAAU